AUGUCUUCUGAACAAGUCCAAACAAGCCGAACAAGGCUAAUGCAACUCAUAACUGAGGAACUGACACGAUCAAUCAAAAGUGAAGAUGACGUUGGGGGUAUGAAAUUGAUUGGACUCAACAUACAGUCGAUUCCACCAGAGGCUGUUGAGCUGAUACGGGAGUCAGUGGAGAGACUCAGUUUACAAAAUAACAACAUUUCAAAUUUGCCACAAUAUUUCAAUAGAUUAUCUAAAUUAAGGUAUUUGGAUAUCCAUGACAACCAAUUUUCAACAUUCCCAGAUAUUUUAACAACUAUGAGUGAACUUGAAAUAUUGGAUAUCAGUUUCAACAAUCUAAGAAGUUUACCUAAUGACUUGGGUCAUCUCAAGAACUUGAAGGUUCUAUCUUUAAAGAAUAAUAAUUUUGAAAUAUUACCAACCUCCAUCCUGUCAAUAAAGAAUCUGAAAAUUUUAGAAAUAGAGAAUAAUCCAUUAAAGUUACCAUCACAAGCAUUCAUCAACAAUAUACCUCAUAAAAUUCAUUCUCAAGAAUGGUUACAAGAAAUAAAAAACUAUCUUGUCUAUAAUAAAGACCUAAUACAAUCCAAUCUAUCAGAAAUUGAACAUCUACAGAACGGGAAUGUCAAUAUGGCAACAACACCAAUCAAAGAAACAGAGAAACCACCAUUAGUAUCAUCUCAAUCAACAAUAUCAUCAAAUACAUCACAUCCUUCAAGCUCUGUUCAACAUUUAGAAAGAUCAAGAAGUACAUCUGAAAGUUAUGUUAGCUCAAGAGCGGCUAAAAGAAUGGGCUUCAUUGUCAAAAGACCAAAUCCUGAACCAACUCCUGAAGCCGUGAACGAAGUGGAAUCUCCUCCAGUGGAACCAUUAUCAAUCACCAGAAGAAACAGAUCAAUGUCAGCUGCAAGCAGCGUUAGCAGUCAUUCACCAAUACCGUCAACAAUUGACGAAGAUCAAGAGACUAUUGGAAAAGAUACAAAACUACAAAUACCCAGUGGUGGGUUCUCUCCAAUGAAUACUGAUAAACUAGACUCGAUACCAGAGCAUAAAUCUAAUGAUUAUUUCAAGAGAUUAUCAACCUUACCUGAACAAAGACCGAAUCUUACACAGUUUAAAAUUGUUGAUAUCUCUCGAAAGAUUUUAUUUUCAAUUACUGAAUUUCAAUCAACAAUCAAAAAGCUAAAUGCUUUUUGUUCAGAAAAAUCAAUAAUUGUUGAUAUGGUUUCACAGCUGUAUUAUUCCAAAAAUGUCAUUGAUCAUCUCGUGGAAAGUUUAGAGAAAACUGAGCAAAAUGAUGAUGGUUAUGUUGCUAUUGAUGAGAUCUUGAAGUCAGUCACACAAACUGUUUCGAUUUUCAAGAAGAUGAUUGAUAUUUUGCAAAGUAAUUAUCAAGCUUAUGUUAAGAAUGCUGAUGUGUGCUUCAUAAGGAUGUUAUUGUUAUCAUUAUUUUUAUCAUAUGGUGAAGUUUAUAAUGCCUUCAGAAUUCUCAAUCCAGAAUCACAAUCCACCCAAAGACAAAAUAAAGAUAUUUAUUCAAACAACAAUCAUAAUAAUAAUAACAACAAUUCGAGAAAUGCACCACCUCAAUUACCCCCAUUAAAAGUUAAUGAUUUAGGUAUGAAUCCAACCAUUACUCAACAACAACUAAAUGAAUAUGGUGAGGCUGAUCAAAAACUAUACGAGUCGCUACAUAAUGCUUUGGAAUCAUCAAGUCAAGUUUAUGCUGAAUUAAAUGAUGCGAUUUCCAAAAGUGCUAUUGCAAAUGCUGUUAAACCUACUGAGGAGCAACAACAAAAUUUGAAUGGUAACACUAUUUCAAAGAUCAAAGAAUUGACAAAUACUUGUGUUGUUUCUAUGGAUUUGAAUAGAAAGAUUAAAACAAAAUUGGGUUCAAAUGGCUUUAAGACGAUAAAUGUUGUGGAGAAGAAGAAAUUUUUUGAUGAAAUUAAUGCACUGUUGAAAUCUAUCAUCACAAUUCUUGGUUCAACGAAAUCAAUCAUGAAUGAAAUGCCAAUUUUGAAUGAGGUUAGACCAUCGUUAGCAAGUUUAACAAAAGCAACAAAAGAUGUCACCAUCAUGCUUGAAGUCAGUUCCUACAGACUCAUUAAUGAUUCGUUUUCUUCUUUGAAUUCAGCAGUACCACAAUCAGCAGCUUCAAUGCAAGCACCAAUGUUGUCAUCAAUCCCAUCAGUUAUGUCAAUUCCACAGAUGAAUACACCAUUUUUAGGUAUGCCUUCUGUUCAUACUCCUUUACAGAGUGCUGCUGUUACGCAUCCAAAUUCGAAUCCAUUUGAAGCAACACUAGCUAAUAAUUUACAACAUGAAGAAAACUUAGAUACGAUCAAAUAA